CUGAGGGACGGCGGUGUCGCUCAGGUGCCAGGUGGAGGCAGGUUGUUGAGUGAGUCUACCAGCGGCACCACCUCCUCCUCUGAGACCGAGUGGGGGAAACUGUUGCCUGGGGACUGCUCUCUCGAAGUCAGGGGGGGACGAAAACAGUAGCUAAUGGAUGAAAGUGAAGCUGUUUGACUCGCAGUUGCUCACUGGCAGGUUAGGGGGCAAGUGGUUGCCCCUCGUUACGGCAGGUCCUGCAGGGAGGGGCUCUCCGCCACCCCUGGGACACCUUACCUCGGGUGAAGUGGGAACCGACGGUGGUGCCGCGACUUCUCUGGGAGUUGAGUUUUGCAGGGGGUGUUUUUCGAUCCGGUCAAUGAAGGGCGGGUGGACUUGCAGCGAGUUUCUGCCGAAGUUCGGGCGCUUUGCGGGGACCGGGUGAGACGCCCCGGGGGGCUCAAGGGCGUCAUUAAUGGGAGGCUGCGUGGGGACCCAACGCCGGCAGCAGCAGCAACAACAUCACCGCUCAGGGAGACGGAGUGGCAACGGUAGAAAGACAGGUCGUAAUGAGCCUCUGAAAAAGGAGAGACCAAAAUGGAAAAGUGAUUAUCCCAUGACUGACGGCCAGCUGAGGAGCAAGCGGGAUGAGUUUUGGGAUACGGCGCCUGCCUUCGAGGGUCGCAAAGAGAUCUGGGAUGCCCUUAAGGCAGCUGCCUAUGCCAUUGAAUGCAAUGAUCUGGAACUGGCCCAGGCUAUUGUAGACGGUGCCAGCAUCAUCUUGCCCCAUGGUUCCUUGACGGAAUGCUACGACGAGCUUGGCAACAAGUAUCAGCUUCCCGUUUACUGCUUGGCCCCACCCCUAAACCUUAUCACAGAGAAGUGCGACGAAGAGGCGACUGAGGUACCCGACCCCCCGGUUCACACCAAGCGCGAGUUCCAGCUCAAGGUCCGCCUGUCCACUGGGAAGGACGUCAAACUGAACGCCAGCAUGGCAGACACGAUCGGGCAGCUGAAGAGGCAGCUGCACACAGAGGAGGGCAUCGAGCCCUCUCAGCAGCGGUGGUUCUUCUCUGGAAGGCUGCUCACCGACAAGAUGCGACUGCAGGAAACCAAAAUCCAGAAGGACUUUGUGGUACAGGUUAUAGUCAAUGAGGUAGCCGCUAUUUAAUUACUAGAUUAAAAAUAAAUCCAUAUGCAACGACAAAUGAAUAUUUUAUCUUGUACAAGAACUGAAGGGCUCUGAACAUGGUUGAUGCGAGGAGGAAGAUGGAGGUGGAGUGCAUUGGAACAUGUAUGGUGGUCUUUGGUCGCUUUCUUCAUCAGUCAGCUGCAGUGGAAGCCAAACAUAGGAACCAUAUUUAAUUUACCUUUUACUCUGGCCAGCUGGUGAAUACUUUAGAUUGAAAUGAAGAUGAUCUCUCUUGCUCUCCUAUCCCAUUUCCUCCUCUUCGUCGUCUUGCUGCCUUGUUCUCUCCACCCCCACCCCACCCCAGUCUCACCCAUGCCCUUCCUUGCAUCCCUCCCACUUGGUUCCAAUAUCCCCACCUCCUCUCCUCUUUGAUUUUAGCUCAACUCCUUCAACGAAGGGCAAUAAUUCUGGCAGAAUUGCCAUUCAUUUCACUGUGGUCCUUUUGAUCAGGGUACUUGCAGUGGAGAUCUUUUUAAAGGCUGCUCUGUAGUAGCAUAUAGACAAAGUGUACUAUACAUGUUUUACAUUGGCUUUCAUUGUGCAGUGGUUAAUCAUAUGUUUAUGCUGCAGGCAUGCAAGGGCCUAGCUAAGCACCAAAAAAUUUGUGUUAUAUGCAUUAAUCACACCAAUCAACAUUUCAAAUAGAACUGUGCUUCCAUUUAAAAAAAUAUAUAUAUACUGAUGUAAAUUCAGAUUUUUAAAUACCAAACUACUACAGGCUGACUCUAACUUGGGUGUGGAAACUGGAGCAUGCAAAGACCUCUCCUGGACAUGAUCAUCCAAGUGUUGGGAACAGAGUUGAUGGGCUAAAUGGCUUAAUUCUGCUCUUAUGUCUUGGCCUUCUUCCCACCAGGUGCUCGUAGUCUGAGAGCAAACCACACACUCAACCUUUAACAAAAGUUUCCUUUGCAAUCUUUGUACAAGCCUGCAGCCAUUAAUGGAACUGUUGACUUUUGGGAUAAGGUUGCAGAAUCCUUUCUAAACCCUUUAAGGUUCAGAUGUGCAAAGCUAGUGUAGGAGUAAAGAAAUGGAUUAUGGAGCUGAUUGAGUUCAUGAAUAGUUACGGGGCACUACAGCACAGAAACAGGCAAUUUGGCCCAACUAGUCCAUGCCAAAUUGUUGCUCUGCCUAGUCCCAUCAACCCGCAUGUUGACCAUGGCUCUCCAUACCCCUCCCAAAGAUGUACUUACCCAAACUCUUAAAUAUUGCAAUCAAACCCACAUCCAUCAUUUCCACUGGCAGCUUGUUCUACACUCGCACCACCUUGAGUGAAGUUGUUCCCCUAAAUAUUUCACCUUUCAACUUUAAUCUAUGACUACUCGUUCUAGUUUCACCAAACCUCAGUGGGGAAGAAACCUGCUUGCGUUAACCUAAAUCUAUACCACUCAAUUUUGUAUACCUCUUUCAAUUCUUCCCUCAUUUUCUAAUGCUCCAGGUAUAAAAUCCUAACCUACCAAUGUUUCCCUAUAACCCAGGGAUAAAACUACCAUGAGUGACACCUGGGUUGCAUUUGAGGUCUACUAGGGCUGAUUUGGAUGGAAGGUGGGGGAAGGAUCUGUUGAAGACGUUUGGUGAUGCUAAUGAUCCAAACAACCUGAAAGGAUUUUCAGGUCUUAAUUAUUCCCUCUUCCUUCAAUUCAUUCGGUCCUUUUAUUUUAAUCCAGAGGAUCUAAAACUAGAAACAUUAAAUGAUAAUUUAAGGCUUUCACAAGUUGUGCUUUCUUACCAUUUUCUGAGAGCUCCAAUCUUGCUUGAAUUGCUAUGUCUUUGGUGCUACACCAUGGACUUCAUCUCUCUCCUAAUCACAUUCCUUACCAGGUCCCAGCCUCUGUGUUCCUGCUCGUCACCCUCAUCAGACCACUGAUCUCACUGCACACCCUUCUCUUUAUACAGACUAUCACCCCUCUCUGCACUGGCUCCUACUGCAGGGUUUUAACUCGAAAUAUCCACAAUUCCUUUCUCCCUGCAGAUACUGCUUGAUCUGCUGAGUUUCUCCAGCAGAUUGUUUGUUGCUCCAGAUUCCCACAGCUGCCGUCUCUUAUGUCUGUCUUAACAAAUAAAUACUCAAGGAAAUGGAAACUAGAAACACGAACAAGAUGCCAGAAGAGUUCAGCAGGUCAGCAAUUAGGUGCGAAGAUGAAACAUUAAUCCUGUCAUCAGAUGUAGGUAUCUAAAAUGAUUUAAAUUAGAAACUACAGUACCCCAAAAUGAGCUUUAGACCGUAAGACAUUGGAGUAGAAUUUGACCAUUCAGCCCAUCAACUUUUUGGGCUAUGCCAGUUAAUAAUCUUUCCUCCUUUUAUCAUAAAUGCCCAACUUCGUACAUUUGCACUGACUACAUUAUACUUAAUCCCACCACAUGUAUUGGUGACCACUCAAGAGUUUACAGCACAGAAAUGGGCCCUUCAGCCCAACGCGUUCAUGCAAACCAAGGUGCCCACCUGGCCUAGACCCAUUUGCUUGUAUUUGGCACCCUGGGUUGCACACUAUUACCACCAUGUCUGUAAGAAAAGUGCUAAUGUUUUCUGAGAAAUUACACCAGGUUUAUUUUAAUCACCUCUAUUCCCAACCUUUUGCUCAUAUCUGCUCAUCUGUGGAUUAAACAGACAGCAAUGAUAUUAAAUAUUCUAGUAGUUGUCCCACAGCCAGUGGACCAGCUGCUGUAUUAAUGCACUUAACCAGAAGUUAUCUUGCAGACGUAUUCAUAGUUUGAGAGUGUGUCUUCGCUGCCAAACAUUGUAUAACACCCAUUUAAAUGGUCAGGCACGGAGUUACGACUCAACUAAGCACAUCCGUCUUCGAUUAAGUGUGAUAAAACAGAAACAAAUCCUUUUUAAUUAGCUGAUUAAAAAUGAGAUCCUACAACUCGUUCACUUAAGAGAUACAAGAAGACGCUUGGGCAGUCUAAAGGUUCAAUAGUGAACCCUGGAACACUGAAAUAUCAUCCUACACCCCCCACCUCUCAAAACCACCAAUACAAACAGUCUGGCAGCCGUUAUAAAAAUGCAUUUAAUUCUGUUAAGGAUUGGUGAAGCAUCUCCCAGUGACUUGUGCUGUUUACACAAUACAGAAUUCUGCUAUUGGGUGUUUGAGUCUGAUUGUGAUGUGUGUAAAUAUUGGAUGACAUUUGUGUAUAUUUAGCUUCUUGGAGCAGAAUUGUUUUCAGAAUACAAGUUUAUUUUCUUUUCUCCCAAUCAAAGUAAUUCUAUAUCUGUACAAGCUCUUUAUAAUAUGUACAUUUAUAAAAUGGUUACAGUGA